AUGGCUGCAACUCCUACGUUUGAGGGCGAGACUGGGAUCGUUUACGCCAAUGCAUUGCUCCAACACUCAGAGUCAGACACCCCUUCUGUAGACUACCGGUCCUUCUUGGACAAGAUCUGGGAAGCCAUGCCCGCGGAACAAUUCAUUGCCAUGGCCUCGGAUCCAAAGUUCCUGGGCAACCCACUUCUCAGGACACAGCACUUUAUCGGAGCCUCACGAUGGGAAAAGGUAGGUGACGACGAGAUCAUCGGCCGACAUCAGGUGCGCGUGCCGCACCAGAAGUAUACCGAUAGGACGUUCACGACGGUGGCUGUCAAGGGUCACUCACACGGUGCUGGGACAAUGAGAUAUAAAAAGGUGGAAGGGGUGUGGAAGUUUGCCGGGUUAUGCCCACAUGCCCGGUGGUUUGAAUAUGACUACGAUAAGGUGUUCUUGGAUACAAAGGAACAUUUUAACCAGCCUCAGAAUGGAGUAGAUCAUGCUUGA